ACCUAACAAUCUCCCCCGUCACAUCAACCCAUGUGACCCCGAAGACUUGUUAUCCGACCUCCCCACCAUAUGACCAAUAGAAAUCGUUCCGGUUCCAAACCUGGGCUCUUAUACCACUUGUUAGAGUGCGUAGCCUAGCCCACCAACCGUAGGCCACCCAGGUUACAUUGGGCUUGCUCCACCACAGGCCCAACCGGAGCCACGCAACUUUAGGUCAUGGGCCCCCACAACCCAAAAUUGGUUAUAUAGCAUCGAAAGUUCACGUUUUUUUUAUUUUGUAACACAGAAUCAUUAUAAUAUAUUUUAAUAAUAAAUUGAGAAAAUAUAUAUGCUAUUAUAUGAUAGAAAAUAUAAUGAUACUAUCCGCGUAAUUUGCGCGGACCACCAUGCUAGUUGUAAUAAUGAUAACUAAUGCGCCGCUAAUUAGGACAGACCGCUAGCGCGAGGGCCAUGGGGAGCGCACGGCUGUAAUAGUUAAUUAAGCAGGUGGUGCGUGCCCACUAUGAACCCCCUAUACAUAACCUGUAUUUGGUUUUGUGGAUGUUGUGCUUUAUGCUACACGAAUCUCAGAACAUGUAUGGACGGCUGGCAUCAAUGGCGGAUUUGCCAUGGUCGGCGGGGUCUCGAUCCCCUACUACCGGCGUUGCAAUCAUGGGAGCCCCUAUUAAUAAGCCCUCACUAAAAUUUGUUGCCAUACAUGUAUUAUAGGAGGGGGUUAUAAUUUUGUAUAGUUUGUUCAGUCCCUACUAUUAGUUCUUCUUGGAUCCGCCCUUGGCUGGCAUACUGCGUGUAUAAAACCCGGUCCUGUUGAUGAAGAAAUAAAAUCGAUCCUUAUUUGUGCUGUCGUGAGAGGAGAGGGGAGGGUUGUCAACCGUGAGAAUUGCUACCUGCUGCUUACUCCCACUGCAUGCCAUGGCCGGAUGGUAGCAGCUACCAGCUGCUGCUGUAUCGGGGUAGGCGGAUCACAUUGGCAAGUUUGGUAGAGCUAAGAAGAGAUGGCCGACGUCACGUUUGGCGCCGUGAAAUUGGUGCUGGGCCUCAUCCAGGAUGAGGCCCGGCUGCUCAGCGGCGUCCGUGAGGACCUGCGCUUCAUCAUGCAAGAGAUGGAGAGCAUGAACAACGUGCUCCGCCACCUCGUGGCAAACAAGGGGAGUGCCGCCGCUGACUACCAGCUCCGUCCGUGGAUGAAGCAGAUCAUGGAACUCGCCUUCGACUCCAAAAACUGCGUCGAGCUCUACACGCAGUCCGGUGGCGGGCACUGUGGUUGGCAGCCCUGGACAAUGGUAGCUCGCCACCGGGUCGUCACCCGGAUCCGCGAGCUCAAGAUCCAGGCGCGCGAAAUCAGCGAGCGGCAGGCAAGGUACCACAUUGCUGGUGUUGCUCAUGCCCAGCAGAUGGACGCGACCACCACAAUAGAGCGCUGGGAUGCUAGUGUGCCCAACCAGAGUCGCGCCUGGGCCGGCAGCUCUAACAACCCAUCCCGGCGUGCCAUACUCCACGACGGCUGGUUUGGCGACUACAUCAGCGUGGAUGAGGCUCUCUCGCGGCUCAACCCGUUCACGCUAGACCGUUAUGAGGUAGAGCCACCGGCGCGGUUGGACAGCGAUGACGAGCAGCAGCCACGGCCUCAGUUGAACAGCGACGGUGGCAAGGAGCAGCCCCUAGCGCCGCAGUCGGAUGGCAGAAACAAGGAGCAGCUGCCGCCUCCCCAAUCCGGAGGCGGCAAUGGCAUCAAGCAGCAGCAGCCACUGCCUCCGCAGUCAGAUGGAGGCGACAAGGAGCAGCCGCCUCCUUCGCUGUCGGAUGGUGGCGACAAGGACCAGCCGCUUCCUCCCGACUGCGGCGUCAAGCGGCAGCUGCCGCCCCAGUCGGACGGUGAUGACAAGCAGCAGCCGCCGCCCCAGUCAGACGGCAGCGAUCAGCCGCCGCCGCCGCAGCCGGAUGGAGGCGACACGGAGCAGCAGCCGCCUCAGUCAGACGGCGGCGACAAGAAGCAGAAGCAUAUUAGAGUCGUCACAAUCAGUGUGCAAGACGGCACGGAUGAAGCUGUUGCUGCAGAGGCCGUGAUCGAGCGUUUCAAGAGCCGCUGGGCACGGCGGGGACUCUGGUCGCAGCAGCUCUGCCUCCACGUUUCUGUCCAUCGGCCUCCGAUUCUCUCGGAGAUUACAAAGGUCAUGGUUGAAAAGCUGAAAGAGAAGGAGGAUGAUGAGAAGAAUGAGGCGGAAGACAGGGAGUGGCUUGGCCAUAAAUUGAAAGAUGAAGAUGUGCUGCUUGUUCUUUCCGGUUUUAAUUACCCAGCGUUAUGGAACCAGGUUCUGGAUUUGCUGACCUCGAUGAGCUGCUCUGACUGUGCAGUAGUACUCUGCACAAACGAUAGUAAGAUGGCAAAAUAUUGCUGCAGCAAUGACUCUGCCAACGAUGGGCCUCAGAUAAUCUACUCUCUCGUUGAUAUUUACCUCAACAGAGCGCUCGCCCUGCUUUCCCACAGCUACGGAUACGAGGAAGGACACUUGAAAGAAAUUCUGCGCAACAUCCUCGCCAAGUGUUGCCUUGAUGUCUUCUGCAUGAAGAUGCUCCUCCAUGCCCUCUACUACAAUCCUGACAUGACGAAACACCAACUGCAGUUCCUGAAUAUAAGCCUUGGUAAAGAAUUUACAGAUCAUGGGAGACAGGACCGAAUAAUGGCCUUCUGCUACCAAGCACUGCCAAAUAGUUACAAGAACUGCUUAUGGUAUUCAACCAUUUUCGCCCGUGGAAGCGGCGUCCGAAGGGCAAGUUUAAUAAGACGAUGGAUUGCCCAAGGCUUGAUAGCCCAAGUGAACCAGUCAAGUGCAGAGGACGAAGCCGGGCACUGUUUCGAAGCCAUGCACAGCCAGAAGCUUAUUGUUUCUUCUGGUCUUAGUGGUACACGCAAGGUAAAGAGCUGCACCGUGCAUCCAGUAGUUUCUGGCUUGAUCAGCAGGGAGUCUUCGACAGUUGAGGACCUAUUGCUCAACAACCAGCUGCCACUUGACUUGGAUCUCCUCUACUCAAUCCGGCACGGCAUGCAACUCCAUCCGGCAAACUCUAAUAUCAAAAAGUUCUUGAACUCACUUUCCAGCAGUUCAAGGUUGCUGCUGACAGUACUUGAUUUGGAAGGUCGCAAGGGCCUCAAGGCAGGCGACCUCCAUACCGUAUGCAAGAUUCAUAAACUCAAGUAUCUAAGUCUCCGGAACACAGAUAUUGCCCAACUGCCCAAGGAAAUAGGUCAGCUCAAGCUCUUAGAGACACUUGACAUCCGAGGAACAAGGGUACAAGUGUUCCACACGGCGCUACCAAUGCUAAAGCACCUGCUUGCUGGUUGCAUUAUUGACUACCCAAAGGAAGACAUCAUCAAGUCCAAGGAAUCAUUCUCCACGGUUUCCAUGCCUCGUGCUGUUGCAACUAUGGAAAAGAUGGAGAUAUUGUCCCGUGUCAAGGUUUCGAACAGUGCUAAAGAACUGAACAACAUUGGUGACAAGCUCGAGCACCUAAAGAAGUUGGGUGUGGUUCUAUCUGGCAAGAAAGCUAGCUUGAUAGAUUUGUUCCUUCAGGUUGACAAACUCCACAGAUGUCUUCGGUCCUUAUCAAUCCGAAUGGAUCCACCAGGUAACUGGGAUUCUAUUGAUGUUAUUUUAUUGAGACCUCCAAAGCUUCUGGAGAGCCUACACAUCUGCAGCAUCAGAAGCGGGUUGCCUCCCAGGAUCAAGGAGCUCCAUCAGCUUGCCAAGAUAACUCUACGUGACACCUUUUUGAAUCAGGGUGCCCUCGAUAUACUUAGCAUGCUCAAAGGCCUACGCUAUCUCAGGCUUUGCUACCAUUCAUUCGCAGAAGGCGCUCUGAGCUUCGUGAAGUUUGUGGAACUUGUGGAUCUUGUCAUUGAAGAUGAUAUUGUUAACAGUGUCGCCUUGGGUAAUAAUACUUAUGGUGGAGACCCUGAUAAACUUGAAAAGAUAGUUUGGUCCUUCACUCACAUGGAGGAGCUUUCAGGGGUCAGUACGCUGCAGAGUCUGACACACAUCGAACUCAAUGGGAGAACAUGGCACCUACAGAAUCUGGAAAAACUGAAAAGAGAAGUAGAUGAAUGUGGGAUUACUUUCACGCUCAAUCCACCUGAGAAUGGCCAAGGAUCAAGGCUGUAGGUGCUAUCGUACCCCAUAAUCAUCAAUGCUGAGAAAGAUGGAACUCCGUAAUCCUGGGGAGUAUUUCUAAAUUCUACUACGGCUGCUUCUACUAUGGAAUAAAGAUGUUUUUCCUCUUCCAUCUGUCAUGUUGGACUGGUAUUGCACCUUUAUGUUUCGAGUGUUAAUGGCAAUCUCAUAUUGUAA